AUGAGUAAAGUGGCCGGGAAAGGAGUCGCUUUAAAUUCAAUCAGCAAAUAUCGAAAUUUGACUUAUAUGAAUAGGCAGGGCAUUCGAAUGCGAAAAGUGGUCAAGAAAGACGGCCCGAGGCAAUUAUGGGUGUCGCGACAAAGCACGCCGCGCAGUGCAUGUCCCAAUCUACUUUUUUUAAGCACUGGAGUAGAGCAGCGCAGCGAAAUUGCCACUUGCGACUGCUUUGUGUCCAAUGAGCUUGUUGGAUUAGAAGUGUGA